AUGUCGAUGCAGCAAAGGGCUGGAGCUCUCAGGCAAAAGAUCGAUGAUCUCCUCGUGGAGGGAGUCGACAUCGCCGUCCCAAUUCUCAAGAUGGCGACUGGCGGUGCACUCUCCAUCCUCGACGAGGUUAAGAAGUUCAAGGACAAUAAGCAGGAAUGGACUGAUUUUGGGAAAUACGUGGUCGACACCGUGGCCGAGGUAGUUUCAGCGGCGCUACAAAACAUCAAGUCCGAAAUCGAACAAAGACUGAAAAAAGUAGAGAAGCGACCGGCUGUCCUAAAUGUUAUAUCUUACUUGAGAGACCCAGGAAAAAUUGAUGGCUUAAAGAAAGACUUUGACAAAGCAUUGGCGUCGUUUCAGCUUAGGACGAAUCUAAUAGGCGGUGCCAAAUUAGCGGCCAUAGAACGUCGUCUACAGGACGACAAGAUCCUCGAUAGUCUCCAAUACCCUCAUAUCGCCCAUGAUGAUUUCACUCAUGCGUGCCUGGAAGGAACCAGGAUCGAUCUCACGGAGCGUAUCAUGACAUGGUGUCGCAACACUGGGGAGAGUGAGAAUCGGCUAAUGCUACUGACUGCUGUGGCUGGUGCUGGCAAGACUUCAAUUGCACUCACGAUAGCGGGACGAUGUGCCAGUGAAGGGGACGUUACGCUGUUACUUCACUUCUUCUUCAAAGCGGGAGAACGGUCGCGGCCCGAUUUUCUAUUCAGUGGUAUAGCUCGAACUCUAGCAGACCACGACCCGGUUUACCGUACUUUCAUCAUAUCUGCACUUCGAAAAGACCCUUCCCUCUCAACGGCCCUACUUGCGCAGCAAUUCGAGAAUUUAGUGGCUGUGCCUCUCCUCCAUAAACCUCCACUUCCCGACCGUCCCAUGGUGGUCAUCAUCGAUGCAUUAGAUGAAUGUGACAAGGAAGUGUUCGAGUCCUUUGCCGAUAUUCUUCGGGAUGAAGUGCCCAGGCUGCCAUCUUCCAUAAAAUUCAUUAUCACAUCGAGACAUACAGAUCUUGUUAGACGCUCCCUCUCACCCCAAUUCCCUAUCAGUCGUCUCGCUAUUGACCUUUCGGAUGACACAAACGUGCAGGACUGUGCUACAUAUAUACGUUUUGAGCUGCAAAAGCUGAAGAAUUGGCAUCCCGAUUUACGGCAUAAUCUUCAGGACGAGGGUAAAACAGUUCAGGAGAUCCUAGAACGUGCGGGUGGCUUGUUUAUUUGGAUCAGCACGAUCUUUCGCUACAUGAAGACAGCCAACAAGGAUCCGAUGAGGACGUUAGAGGGCUUGCUCAACACUGGCACGAAACGAUCAAAGGUCCCUGCCGAGGGAAUGAUGGACCGCUUAUAUACAAGCAUUCUGAAGAAGUGCGAUUGGGAGGAUGAAGAUUUUGCCCAUGACUACCCAAUUGUGAUGGGAGCAAUCUUUGUCGCACAGCGGCCUCUGUCUAUCACAGCCUGGGAUGCAAUUUUGUCACCUUUCCUUAAGUCUCCCGUUCGAUAUUCGUUGGCUGAACUUGCUCCUCUACUCUCAGGAGUUGAGGAUUCUCACUUUCCGGUUCGCAUCUUGCACCAAUCUUUCCGCGACUUCAUUGUCGAUCGGAUCGAUCCCCCAUCAAUCAACCCUCGUUGCAUCCUAGUAGAUGUAGCGAUGGAGAAUGCGAGAGUUGCCCUGCGAUGUACCCAGAUUUUGAAUCAGGAUCUUUGCUCUGUAAAGGGCUUGGGACUGAUUGAAAACCUGUCCGAAACCGAUGAGCUACCGCUCAUUCCCUCGGAGGAGUCAUCCGAGCACUCUCAUUAUGCAUGUCGCUAUAUUGUCCAUCACCUCAGUGGAGUCCAGGAACCAUCACAGGAACUUGAUGAGUCAGUUGGCGUGUUUCUCAGUGAGCAAGCAACUCACUGGGUGGAAGCCUGUGUGAGAAUGGAGGGCUACAUUAGCAUCUCAUUACUCCCUGAGUGGGCUAAGUUGGCUGUUGGUCACAGGUCAAAAGGUGCUGUCCGCGCACUGGCCAGCAUGCUUGUCCAGCUUGUACGGAAUUUGAAAUUUUUUGCAAGAUUCCAGGAGGCAUAUGAGGCGGCAAGUGAUUCCGUUGUACUCUGCCGUUACCUUGUUUCUGUGGACUCGGGGUCCUACUCCCUGUAUUUGGCCGCGUCACUUGGGGCUCUGUAUUUGGCGCUUUCCAAACUUGGACGGCACUCGGAGGCGCUCCCAUUCAUCGAAGAAAGCGUCAACCUCUACCGCCAGCUGGUUGCUGUUCACCCAGGAUCAUACACCGUAGAUUUGACCAUCUCACUCAACAAUCUAUAUGAUGCUCUUUCCAAUCUCGGACGGCACUCGGAGGCACUCCCAUUCAUCGAAGAAAGCGUCAACCUCGACCGCCAGCUGGCUGCUGUUCACCCGGAAUCAUACACCACGAAUUUGGCCACGUCACUCGACAAUCUGCGUGCCGCUCUUUCCCAUCUUGGACGGCACUCGGAGGCACUCCCAUUUGUCGAAGAAAGUGUCAACCUCUACCGCCAGCUGGUUGCUGUUCACCCGGGAUCAUACACCCCGGAUUUGGCCAUGUCACUCAACAAUCUAUUUGUUGCUCUUUCCAGACUCGGACGGCACUCGGAGGCGCUCCCAUUCAUCGAAGAAAGCGUCAAACUCCGGCGCCAGCUUGUCGCAGUUCAUCCGGGAUCAUACACCCCCGAUUUGGCCAUCUCACUCGACAACUUGCGUGGUGCUCUUUCCAAUCUCGGACGGCACUCAGAGGCGCUCCCAUUCAUCGAAGAAUGCCUGAACCUCUACCGCCAACUAGUUGCUGUUCACCCGGGAUCACACAACCCAGGUUUGGCCAUGUCACUCAACAAUCUAUAUGACGCUUUUUCCAAUCUUGGACGGCACUCAGAGGCGCUCCCAUUCAUCGAAGAAAGCGUCAACCUCUACCGCCAGUUGGUUGCUGUUCACCCGGGAUCAUACACCCCGGAUUUGGCCAUGUCACUCAACAAUCUCUAUGACGCUCUUUCCAAACUCGGACGGCACUCUGAGGGGCUCCGAUUCAUCGAAGAAAGUGUCAGCCUCUACCGCCAGUUGGUUGCUGUUCACCCAGGAUCAUACACCCCAGAUUUGGCCAUGUCACUCAACAAUUUAUAUUUUGCUCUUUCCAGACUCGGACGGCACUCGGAGGUGCUCCCAUUCAUCGAAGAAAGCGUCAAGAUCCGGCGCCAGCUGGCUGAAAUCAACCCAGGAGCAUACACCCCACAAUUGGUCAAUUCACUCAGGAAUCUUCGCAACGCUCUUUCCGAUCUCGGACGUCAUUCUGAGGCACAAAUGGUCCACAGUUGAGCCACCCAAGUCCUGUGGUUCCUCUCAUGUCCCUUUGUCAUUGCGCUUCUUUGCUACAUGCUCAUGGAGAACACUAACAAAUCCAACCUCAAUUUUUAUUGGACACCAUGGAUAAAGUCGCUACACACAUAACAGAUCACCGUCGCAAGUUAUAAUCUCAAUAUACAGGGUUAUUCAUUUCUUUAUCUGACACAUUUUCUUUCUCGUCGCUCACCACCGAUGUACUUGUCCAUGUUUCUGCCUACCACCAUAAGCGACGACAUUGAAGUUUAAUGGGGGACGAAUGUUGAUGCAACGGAAAUACUCAAUCGGCAGGACCACGUUGACCGAUGUACCAUGGAGGGGUGUGGAAGUCGAGAACUAGAGAAGCCAGCUCAACUGUGGAGUGAUUUGGGCUUCAAUAUGCAUGGCC